AUGUCGAAGGUGCUUCCCUUUAUUUUCAAAGUAUGGAUGUUGUUUAUCUUUGAGGCUUUGGCACCGUUGUGUGAUGAGGCUCUUGUUGCUGCUGCUGCUGCUGAGCUUGCGGCAUUGUUGAUAGGGCUGGAUUCUGAGGUUCGGACUUCUGAUUGGAUUAUUGCUGGGACUGAGGUAGCUUCUGAUGGUCCUUGA